AAUGUGCUACAAGAAGCGAAACAGACCGAAUUCCUGUACAAAUCUUUGCAGCAGUCUAAAGUAGAGCAGAACAGGUCAAAACUGUUUGGUAUCAAGGAAACAACACCGAAAGCCAACCGUGCCAAACACGCGAAACUGGAUGGGCUUAUCGCAGUGUUAGAUAGUCUUACCGUUCCAUCGGAAUACGAAAGAAAAUACACGACAAGUGGCCGAUGGAAAGGAUAUCUGCCGUUUGCCAUAGCAUUUGACCUAUAUUCAGACCUUGUGUUCACAGGCAGCCACGAAUAUGUCACAAUGAAGCAGCAAAAGUAUCAAUUCCGAACUGAUAUACUACACCCUGAAUAUGGACUAUGCAUAUAUAUAUUCAAACACAAUGAGAAGGAACUUGUCAUUUUGCAAAAUGAUCAAGUGGAAUUGUCAGGUGUUUUAAAUGUAAGUGAAAUACAAUCGAACUGUUACCAUUUGUUUAUUUUGAGGGUGUAUGUUCAGGGAUGCAGCUAGAAAUUUUUGUUUGGGAGCGCGUCUUGUUCAUUCUUUUCUUAUAUGUUUACAAUUAGAGGCAUGGUUGACACAGCAUAGAGUGCCUAUACCUCCCACCAUUUUAGCCCGCUAGGCUCGAUUCUAGCUCAAGCAGAGGAAGAAUUUCUGUUCCAGUCAGAUGCAUCCAGAUCAGUUGUGUGUGAUGAACACGAGUUUUAUUGUCCUUUCUUAGUCUCUUGUGGGCUUGGAGAGACAUUCUUAGCUUCUUAAAUGUGCUGUUUACACAUAAACUUUAGGAACAACAAUUUUGUGAUCAAUUAGACCAUGUACUACAGUCUAAUAAUGUGACUUUAUGGCAUUCCACACCUCUCAUGAUCACAGGAGAAAAAAAUAUAUAAUUUUCACAAAUAACCUUUGAGAAGUAGAAAAUGGUUUUUAUGCAAAAGUACUAUUAACUCUAAGCAACCUGUGUUUCCCUCCUUUUUUCUUAAAAAAAAGGAAAUUGCUGGACAUCAGGAAAUGGUCCCAGAUGAAAUAGAUCAUGCACUAUCAUUUGAAUUGGUUCAAGGUCUUUUGGGUACCUUGGACUCUGAAUGGAGCAGACUGGCAGUUAGAGGACUUUUGUCAAGCAUGCUAUCAGGCAUUUGUGCAUUGACUUUUCUAUCACCAGAUUUAAUUUAAUUGUCAUCCUGACACAAGAUUUUGUGAUAUUUUGUGUUCACCAGGUAAACAGCUAUACAACAUUGGUAUAAACCCUACAACAGGCAAUGCAUCACUCUGCAGACUGAAAUAUGUCAUUGAGGAAACUAGCAAUGCGAAACUGACUGCUAAAGACAUUGCCCGCUUAAAAAUUAAAGAAAGUAUUCGCCACCUCACUGACAAAGAACAGGAAUUGCAAAAAGCAUUGCAAAAUCCCUUGUUAUCAGAUGUCAAUAACAAGAGGAUUGAAAAAGAGCUGUCUGCAGUUCAAAAAAGGUAUCGUCAAAAACUUCAGCUACAAUCAAAUGAAGAUUCAUUGGCAUUUGUGUCCAUGGUCUCGAGAAUUGCACAAACUCUUAUUGAAGAAAACAGACUCAAAGCAAGGGCGCAGGGUGCAGGGCGAUCCGCUCUGCUUGAUGAAGACACUAUGGAACUUGUGGUUAAAACCCUAGAAAGUGACAGUAGUGCAGAACGAAGACGCCGAGACUCGGUUCUGUAUUGUGAUAGGAGUCGAGUCAAAGAGGCUGAUCAGUUGGACAUUGCAAAUCACUAUCUAGAAGAGCAAGGCAAGCCGUGUAUAAAAAGCUCACGUACAGUGGCCUUAUGGCAAAAACCCAGGAAGAGUAACACGAGAGAGGCCAAACGUCACCACAAAGCGUCUGAUGGGAGAUUUUUCUUUACAUGUAAGAAACCCGACAAAACUUUAGAGGAUAGUCACAUAGAUACUCAUCAUCAACGGGCACAUGUAAAGCUUGUCCGGACGGAUGCAUAUAAGAAUGAAGAACUUGCUUCCCUUACACUUGACAUUAUUAUGGAUGACAAAGCCACUGUAAAAGCUGAUACUGAUGUUGGUUGGUGUGGUACCAAAGGAAGAGGGAUUUUCAUGUCAACUGAGAAACCGCAUCAGUACAAAGAGCGUGACUUUGUCGGAGUGGAGAAUCAAGUAACACCCAGUGCAUUUAGAGCAAUGAAAUGGACUGUAAGUGAUGUUGAUGAGAAACCAACCUUGGUUCGUAUCUUUGACCAGUCCUUUGUAACAGUGCGACCGAAAGAUAACAAGCUAUUGGGAUCAUCAGGAGCAGUGUGGGCAUCCGAACAGAUACGUCUGGUAGAAGAAUUUCCCACUGUCUUUUGUCUUCCAACUUCGCUGCAUCCGAGCUUGAGUACAUUUUUACUAAGAGUCCAACACCACUGUUUUCUGUAUCAUUUUUGCACAGAAUAUGCAAACGGAGAUAUUCUCACACAAGAAUUGCCUUAUGAAGAGGAAAGGAAGACCACUCUACACAAUGGACUAAGUGCUGCAGUAGAAGACUUUCACGUCAGCCUUAAUGACAUUCCUCCAUCACAGAAAGAAAGCAUUUCAUCUAUCUAUCAACAAGUAGAAGAUCUCAAAAAGAAACUGGAGACAUGCCGUGUUCCUGAGGACAUUAAAGGCACCGACGAAUCUUGUAAGAAGCUUUAUGAUAUAAGGAGACGUUUCCCAGAGCGACCUGUACCAUACCCCAAUGUCUUAGAAUUGACAGACAAAGGUCCUGGAGCAGGUGUCCAUAAUAUAGAAGUCCAGGACUUGUUCCUUCUGGUGUGCCAGUUGCUUGAAUCAGACCAUCGUAUUCGUUUGCAUAGGGCGCCGCGUGACUCGGCGCAGAACGAGGCAGAACGCACUAAUGCUGCAAUUGGAGAAGCUCUUACGACAGGAAGUCCGGUCGCCCCACCCAAUGACCCUUUUCAUGGGCUUCCUACUGCAGAAUUGGAAAGAGUGUGCUUGAAAGACAUAGAACAACACUGCAUUGCCUGGGAG